CAAGGAGCACAAGCAAAGCACCCAGCAGUAUAGCAGCCAUCAUCAUCAGUACAAUUAAAAAUCGAAACAAGUGGCAUUUUGAGUCCUCGCAUUUGUUGCAACUGUCCGGUAAGGUGCUUUACUUUGUACUCUGUUCUAGCAGAAAGACUCCGCGAUGGCCGAUGAUGAACAACAACCAGGGCCCUCUACCGCACCUGCUUCGGCAUCGCCACCAGAGCCGAAGGACAGCGAGCAACUGACGGAUGGAGAACCGAAGGACUGCGAGCAACCGACGGAUGGAGAGCCGAAGGACAGCGAGCAACCGACGGAUGAAGAACCGAAGGACAGCGAGCAUUCGACGGAUGGAGAGCCGAAGGACAGCGAGCAACCGACGGAUGGAGAGCAGCCGAAACAAAGCACCGGUAGGAAACGGAAACUAUCCGCUAAACGUCAUAAAGCCAACAAGCGCGGUUCAUCGGAGGACGAAGUGGAAGCUAGAAAACUUCGUCAUAUGGUUGAACCGAUCUUGCAAACACUCCGAAGGCUAGAUACUGCUGACGAACAUGAAACGAUGAGGGCAUUGAUCCACACCCUUCAGCCAUCGCAGGACGAAAUCGAUAGGGCAGUGAGCCGCGUAAAGACGGAUCUGGUCCGUGUUUUACGUUUUCCGGACAAUGGUUUCCAGAUAUAUGAAUUUGGAUCGGUCAAAUCUGGAUUAGCCUUCCGGGACUCGGAUUUAGACUUUUACAUUCACUAUGAGAUAACUAAGGAAAGCAAGCAGGACCAGAAUAAAAUAAUUCACGUAGUUUUUAGUCGAAUGCUGCGAGAUGUUAAUUUUGACUGCAUGGUGAAAAUUUUGGGAGCCAAGGUGCCCCUGCUGCGGGCCAUUCACGUACCGACCAACCUGACUUGCGAUAUUAAUUUUAGUAACGCACGCGGAUGUUACAAUAGCAAAUUCAUCUAUGCUGUUACGCGAUUCGAUUAUCGUAUUCAUCAGAUGGCCGUAAUCAUUAAGUUUUGGUCGAAGUGUGCAUACCUUCUGACGAACCACCGACAAAUGAACACUUACUGCAUCGUAAUGAUGCUCAUAUUUUAUCUGCAGACAAAGAAAUUACCUUUGCUGCCCUCGGUUCAGGACCUACAAAUGGGUAACCCACGUAUGAAUUACGGUGCCUGGAAUUUGGGUUAUCCUCGGGAAAUUAAUUUUGUAUCACUUAACAAGGAGACGGUUCGCAUGUUGUUGGUGAACUUCUUCAAAUACUACGCCAAUUUUGAUUUUGGCAAAAAAUUAAUUUCACCUUAUGUGGGACGGCUGUGUUCGGUAGAGGAAAUGAGGAAAUCCAAAGUGAGAGAACUGCAGCCAUACUACCGGGCAGUCGAGCAUCAAGACUACCCACCGUUUAAUUUCGGCACGAUGUUGUCGAUUCAGGAUCCGUUUGAACUGAACCUUAACAUUGGUGGCGUUUGUAACUCGGCGGCUCAUUUCGAACAAUUUAAGCUCAGUUUCCAGAAAGCCUACGAGGUUUGCUGUGAGAACCAAGAAACGUCGUUCAGCAAGCUUCUGGCAAAACUUUUUACGGAUGUAACACGCUACCACAAAGUAGCAAAACCACGUCCGGAGACUUUGCCGAACCUAAAGCACCAACCUCAGAUUCCACAGUGGAGAAUUUGUCGACUGCUGCCCAUUGAAUAUGAACUAUUUAUAGUACGUGAGAUUUUGCGAACUGAGCUUACAGAUAAGACUAUGGUUAUUGCCGAUCAGCAGAUCAAGGACAUGUGGGCCGAUUGUAUGAUCGACUUCAUCGAAGACAUUCUGGAGAAAAUAUACCUCUGUCAAGUUAUGCGCUUAACUGGUGAAGAACCGGCCGCCAGCGUUCCUCCCAGCAUUAAUAGGAAAGACAUUCGAACCCUCCAGCUGAGAUGUGAACGUCAGGUCAUGUUUAAACGUCCACGGUUUCAGUUCUCCACCGAGGAAGAAUUGAACAACGAAAUAGCUAUCAGUAAAGCACGCUGGGAGUUGAACAGACCGAUGACUUUCACGGCUCAGGUGGAUAUGUUCAAAACACAGGACGCCAUUGAAUUCCACAUCAAUGGUGAUCCCAAGGAUAGUUCCACUCAGCAGUUUGUUGAAAAUUACUUCCUACCUCAUGUCAGGAAGUGCAUCAACGGGUACUUCAAGCUGAUGCUGACAAAAACCGCGGAAAAGGUAAAACAGAUGCGAGCAGCAGCAUCUACGGCCGGUGUGACGAAGGAAGUUGCAUCCAAACCCGCCGAAACGAAGGAGGUUGCUUCCAAACCUGACGAAACGAAGGAGGUUGCUUCCAAACCCGACGAAACGAAGGAGGUUACUUCCAAAACCGACGCAACGAAGGAGGUUGCUGCGCAAUAAUUUUCUGUGUUUUCUAUAAGUUUUCAAUUUGAACUUUUGACAUAGUACGAAAACAAAAAUUGGAGGUAAAGUGUGUCACACCUUUAUUUUGUUCUGCAAAAAAAUUAUCGCAUUUUAAAUUAUGAAACAUAAAUGUGAGGUUACCGGAUGGGUACUUGUUUGGAUGCGUCAAUAAAA